AUGGAAAAUAUUAAUUAUACUAAAAAUGAAACGUUUAAAAAUCAAGAAAAUAUUAUUGUUGACUCAAUUUCUGAAUUACCAAUUGUUACUUCUAAAUGGAAUCUAAAUACUAAUGAACAAUAUAUUUCAUCGUUAUCAUUAACAUCUCCACAAACAAUUUCAUCAUCAGCUCAUUUAUUUGAUGAUCAUGAUGAUAUUGAAUCAUCUAAAGAUUCUACAUUAAAUCACAAUAUUAAUCAUAAGAAAGAAAACUAUAAUAAUAGUGAUAUAACAUCAAUGAACUCCAAAUCAUACAAUAAUCACAAAAAAAAUGUUAUUGAUACUAACAAAAAAUACUCUAAAGCUGCUUUUUCUCAUUUAAUUUCUUGUAUAACGGUAUUAUAUGCCAUUCUAGCAAUAGUUUAUUCAAUCGUUCAAGAAACUGUUCAACAGGCUAAUAAUGCUACAUGGCAGGCAGAAAUGAUAUUGUAUACUUUAAUGUAUGGAUUUGGAAUUUUAUUUUUAAUCUAUUGUUAUUUGUUUAUUAUUUAUCCAGCAUGGUAUAAUAAAAUACUUCAAAUAUUUUUAAGAAAGAAUAUUAUCUCCGAAAAGACAUAUUAUAAUCGUACAUUAGCCCCAACAUCUCAUCAUGGAGAAGGAGCAGGUUCUCUUUAUCUACGUUUGGGAAUAUUAUUUUUUGGAUCAGCAGGAAUUGUAUUAUUUUUUCUUGAAAUUAUGCUUUGUUUUACAUGUGAAAAUUGUUUACCACAUUCAAUGAUUAAUCUAAUAUUAUCAGGAUUAUUUACAUUUCUUCAAAUGCAUUUUAUAUUUUGUAAUAGUAAAAUAGUUGUAUCUAAACAAAGAAGUAUUGCAAAAUUUGGGACAAUGCACUUAUUAGCUGUUAAUAUUUGGACAUGGUUUAGAAUGGUUUUGGCUAAAAAAAAUAAAGGAAAAAUUAAAAAAAUUUUAGUUGAAAAUAAUCCAAUUGUCAAUAUAACAAGUAAUGCUCAGUCAACUUUAAAAAAUCUUGUUGUAGAUUUUUCACCAUCUAGUUUUGAUAUUCUAGCUGGUUCUUCUGUUGAAUUAAUUGAUGAUGUAAUAAAUAAUUCCAGUAAGAUUGCCUCAUCUUAUAUUAAUGAAUCAAAAAAUGUGUUUGAUAAGUUUAAUCUAACUCAAGAGACUAUGAAAAAUAUACUUACUUCAACAGUAAUGACAUUUGUAGAUAAUUCCACUGAAAUAGAAGAUCAUCAUGAAAUGAUUUCUAUACCAUCAUCAAUAUCUUCAUCACUUAAAUUUAGAUCAUAUCCAAAUAAAACUGUUUUAGGAAAAAUAACAGCUUAUGAAUAUUUUGGAGAUUUUACUACUUUUGUAAUAACUUGUAUUGUUGAAUAUAGUGUUAUUGGAGCUGCUAUAAUGUUUGUAAUGUGGAAAGUAUUGAGUGAAGAAGAUGAUUGUGUGGAUGAUAAACAAAUUGAUUUAUUAUCUAUUUGUCAAUCACAAAAUUUAUAUAAUAAAAAUAAUGAUAAAUCUAAUGAAUAUAUUAAUGGCGAAUAUUUAUGUGAAAGAAAUUCUUCUUUUUCAAAUUGUGAAUCAAAUUCAAAAGAAUCUCCAAUAUCAAUUAUUACACAAAGAAUGAGUAAAAAAAGUAUUGUUAAAGCUAAGCGUAAAAAUAGAGUAUCAAUUGAUUGUUCAGCAUCAUCAUCUGGACUUUUUUGUGGAAUACUUUUUCUUAUAUGUUGCUUUGUCUCCGUUUUAAUGUAUUGUGUAUUUUAUCAACAAAAAAAAAAUGAUUCUGCAAUUCACGUUUUUAGAGUAUCAGAUUUGAUAAUGUUUACAGUAAUGUUAUUUGCUGUAAUAAUAGGACUAUUUCAAAUAACAAAACUAAAUUAUGAUGGUAGUAAAAUUAAAAGAACUAAUAGUGAAUUUUUAGAUGAUUUAUUACUUGGAAUUGGUCUUGUUGGAGAACAGAUUCAUUCUUGUAUUGGAGUAAUUGUAUGGAUAGGAGUAUGGUAUACAAGAAAAAAAGAUGAAUUACAAAAUAAUAUGGAAGAAAAUUCAGAGAAUACAAUUAAUAUUCUCUUACCAACACAAAAUGUAUCAUCUAACUUUAAUAUUAAUACAUUAUCAAUACUUGUUUUUAUUACACGAAUUAUAGAAUCAACACUUCAGGCUUUGUUUAUUUUAAUUGCUUCAAGAAUGAAAGCAUCUUCAAAAUAUGCUAGAUUAAAAAAACCCGGAAAACAAUUUGUCACUUUUCUUCUUAUAGCAAACGUCAGCCUAUUUUUCUUUCAUACAUUAGAAGGAAUGAAAUGCAUCUUUGGGAAUACUGAUUCUCAGGUAACUGAAGAUGUCAGUGAAUCAAGAAUAAAUGCAGAAAAUUACUUAUCAUUAGUAUAUGCCGUCUCACCAUUAGUCAUUUUUUAUAGAUUUCACAGUAGUGUUUGCCUAGCCGAAAUUUGGAAACAUUGUUACAGUGAAAAAAUUCAUUAA